AAACGCCUGCGAGUCUCCAGAGAACAACGGGCUCAUUCAGUGGUCGGGAGCUGCCGGCGAGGGGGAGCGGCCGGACGGAGAGCGCGACCCGUCCCGGGGGUGGGGCCGGGCGCAGUGGCGAGAGGAGGCAAAGGUGGCUGCGGCAGCAACAGCGGAGCGGCAGCCUCGGACCCAGCCCGCAGCGCACGGCGGCCGCUGCAGGUCCCCGCUCCCCUCCCGGUGCGCCCGCCCAUGGCGGCGGCGGGGCAGCUGUGCCUGCUCUACCUGUCGGCCGGGCUCCUGCCCCGGCUCGGCGCAGCCUUCAACUUGGACACCCACGAGGACAAUGUGAUCCGGAAAUCUGGGGACCCCGGGAGUCUCUUCGGCUUCUCGCUGGCCAUGCACUGGCAGCUGCAGCCCGAAGACAAGCGGCUGUUGCUGGUGGGGGCCCCUCGGGCAGAAGCCCUUCCACUGCAGAAAGCCAAUAGGACAGGAGGCCUGUACAGCUGUGACAUCACCUCCCGGGGGCCGUGCACACGGGUUGAAUUUGAUAACGAUGCUGACCCUACAUCGGAGAGCAAGGAAAACCAGUGGAUGGGGGUGACCGUCCAGAGCCAAGGUCCAGGGGGCAAAGUUGUGACAUGUGCUCAUCGAUAUGAAAAAAGGCAACAUGUUAACACAAAGCAGGAAUCCCGAGACAUCUUUGGGAGGUGUUACGUCCUGAGCCAGAAUCUCAGGAUAGAAGAUGAUAUGGAUGGGGGAGACUGGAGCUUUUGUGAUGGCCGAUUGAGAGGCCACGAAAAGUUUGGCUCUUGCCAGCAAGGUGUAGCAGCUACUUUUACUAAAGACUUUCAUUACAUUGUGUUUGGAGCUCCGGGUACUUAUAACUGGAAAGGGAUUGUUCGCGUAGAACAAAAGAAUAACACUUUCUUUGACAUGAACAUCUUUGAAGAUGGGCCUUACGAAGUCGGAGGAGAGACUGAGCAUGACGAAAGUCUCGUUCCCGUUCCUGCCAACAGUUACUUAGGCCUGCUGUUUUUGACCAGCAUUUCCUAUACAGAUCCUGAUCAGUUUGUGUAUAAAACGCGGCCUCCCAGGGAGCAGCCCGACACAGCCCCUGAUGUGAUGAUGAAUAGCUACCUAGGCUUUUCUCUGGACUCAGGGAAAGGUAUCGUUUCUAAAGAUGAUAUCACUUUUGUAUCUGGUGCACCAAGAGCCAAUCACAGUGGAGCUGUGGUAUUACUAAAAAGAGACUUGAAGUCUGCACAUCUUCUCCCUGAGCACAUAUUUGAUGGGGAAGGCCUGGCUUCUUCCUUUGGCUAUGAUGUAGCUGUGGCGGACCUCAACAAAGAUGGGUGGCAAGAUAUAAUUAUUGGAGCCCCACAAUAUUUUGACAGAGGUGGAGAAGUUGGAGGGGCAGUGUAUGUCUACAUGAACCAGCAAGGCAGGUGGAAUAAUGUAAAGCCAAUUCGUCUUAAUGGAACCAAAGAUUCUAUGUUUGGCAUCGCAGUCAAGAAUAUUGGAGACAUUAAUCAAGAUGGCUAUCCAGACAUUGCAGUUGGAGCUCCCUAUGAUGAUAUGGGAAAGGUUUUCAUCUAUCAUGGAUCGGCAAAUGGAAUAAAUACCAAACCAACACAGGUUCUUGAGGGUACGUCACCUUAUUUUGGGUAUUCAAUUGCUGGAAAUAUGGACCUUGAUCGAAAUUCUUACCCUGAUGUUGCUGUUGGUUCCCUCUCAGAUUCAGUAACUGUUUUCAGAGCCCGGCCUGUGAUUAACAUUCAGAAAACCAUCACAGUAACUCCUAAGAGAAUUGACCUCCGCCAGAAAACUGUGUGUGGGGCGCCCAGCGGGAUAUGCCUCAAGGUUAAAGCCUGUUUUGAAUACACUGCCAAACCCGCAGGUUAUAAUCCUUCAAUAUCAAUUGUGGGCACGCUUGAAGCUGAAAAAGAAAGAAGAAAAUCUGGGCUGUCAUCGAGAGUUCAUUUUCGAAACCAAGGUUCUGAGCCCAGGUAUAUUCAAGAACUAACUCUGAAUAGGCAGAAGCAGAAAAUGUGCAUGGAAGAAACCCUCUGGCUACAGGAAAAUAUCAGAGAUAAACUGCGGCCCAUUCCCAUAACUGCUUCAGUGGAGAUCAAAGAGCCAAGCUCUCGUAGGCGAGUGAAUUCACUUCCAGAAGUUCUUCCAAUUCUGAAUUCAAACGAGCCCAAGACCGUUCAGACAGAUGUGCACUUCUUAAAAGAGGGAUGUGGAGAUGACAAUGUCUGCAACAGCAACCUUAAACUAGAGUAUAAAUUUUGUACCAGAGAAGGAAAUCAAGACAAAUUUUCUUAUCUCCCAAUUCAAAAAGGCGUUCCGGAACUAGUUCUAAAAGAUCAGAAGGAUAUUGCUUUAGAAAUAACAGUGACAAACAGCCCUUCCAACCCAAGGAAUCCCACAAAAGACGGUGAUGACGCACACGAAGCUAAACUCAUCGCAACGUUCCCGGACACUUUGACUUACUCCGCAUACAGAGAACUGAGGGCCUUUCCUGAGAAACAGUUGAGUUGCGUUGCCAACCAGAAUGGCUCACAAGCAGACUGUGAACUCGGAAAUCCUUUUAAAAGAAAUUCCAGUGUUACUUUUUAUUUGGUUUUAAGUACAACGGAGGUCACCUUUGACACCACAGAUCUGGAUAUUAAUCUGAAGUUGGAAACAACGAGCAAUCAAGAUAAUUUGGCUUCAAUUACAGCUAAAGCAAAAGUGGUUAUUGAACUGCUUUUAUCGGUCUCUGGAGUUGCUAAACCUUCCCAGGUGUAUUUUGGAGGUACGGUUGUUGGAGAGCAAGCUAUGAAAUCUGAAGAUGAAGUGGGAAGUUUGAUAGAGUAUGAAUUCCGGGUAAUUAACUUAGGUAAACCUCUUAAAAACCUUGGCACAGCAACUUUGAAUAUUCAGUGGCCAAAAGAAAUUAGCAAUGGCAAGUGGUUGCUUUAUUUGGUGAAAGUGGAAUCCAAAGGAUUAGAAAAGAUAACUUGUGAGCCACAAAAUGAAAUAAACCUCCUUAAGCUAAAGGAAUCUCACAACAUAAGAAAGAAGCGGGAAAUUGCUGAAAAACAGAUAGAUGAGAACAGAAAAUUUUCUUUAUUUGCUGAAAGAAAAUAUCAGACCCUUAACUGCAGUGUGAACGUGAACUGCGUGAACAUCAGGUGUCCGCUGCGAGGGCUGGACAGCAAGGCCUCUCUUGUCUUGCGCUCGAGGUUAUGGAACAGCACGUUUCUAGAGGAAUAUUCCAAGCUGAAUUACUUGGACAUUCUCGUGCGGGCCUCCAUUGACGUGUCUGCUGCUGCUGAAAACAUCAAGCUGCCAAAUGCGGGCACUCAGGUUCGUGUGACUGUGUUUCCCUCAAAGACCGUAGCUCAGUACUCAGGAGUACCGUGGUGGAUCAUCCUCGUGGCUAUUCUUGCUGGGAUUUUGAUGCUUGCUCUAUUAGUGUUUUUACUAUGGAAGUGUGGAUUCUUUAAACGCUCUAGGUACGAUGAUAGCGUUCCCCGAUACCAUGCUGUAAGGAUCCGGAAAGAAGAGCGAGAGAUCAAAGAUGAAAAAUACAACGAUAACCUUGAAAAAAAACAGUGGAUCACAAAGUGGAAUGAAAAUGAAAGCUACUCAUAGGGAGGCCCAGAAAAGCUUCAGAGUACCCGAACUGCUUCUUUUUUUUUUUUCCAACCCAGUAAUUCAAGUGAAUUUAAAAGCCUGCUCGAUACCCGAAGAUUGAUUUCAGAGUGACCGCACACAGUACCAACCUACAGUUUUCACUGUGGAUACUGUUACGUAGCCUGAGGCUCUUGUUUUGCACAGCCAAAAUUUAAACUGUUGGAAUGGAUUUUUCUUUAACUGCCUUAAUUUAACUUCUGGGGUUGCCUUUGUUUUUGGUGUGGCUGACUUACAAGUGCCGGGUUGCAUUCAGGGGACAUCCUCCUGAUGGUGUAGCUGGAGGAAGGCGCCUCAAAUCACCUGCACUAACAGAGUGUCUGUCCUAACCUCCGCGACACUGCCGCUGCAAACAUCCUUCCACGUAACUGCCCCCAUCACAAGACUACAUGGUCAGGGUAGCUGAGUUUCAAUUUAAAGUGCUGUCUUAAAUUAAAUGUGCAAUAGAAGGUGAUGCUGCCAUCCCGCCUUUUCCCGUUUCUUAGAUGUAUGAACACCAAAAGCUUGCAGGUUUCAUUCCCAUUUCACUAAAACACACAGGUGCCACGGACUUGAAUGCUAGUUAGACUUACUUGUAUAUGGUAUUUAUUUUUUCUUUUCUUUUUUUUUAACCAUUUGUUAUUGACUAACAGGCCAAAGAUUCUCCAGUUUACCCUUCAGGUUGGAUUAAGCAAUCAGAAUCAGGAUGUAAGAGGUCAUUGGUUUGACCUAAACCUUUUACUGCAAAAAGAGGAUAAUUCUUUAUAAAUGUACCAGAGAGUUGUUUUAAUAACUUAAACUUAUUUGUAUAUUAUAAUAUGUCCUUCAUAGCGCACACCCUACCCUCCCACCCACCACUCCCCAACAACCCAAAAGGUUUGUUUAAGAAAUAGGAUUAACUGUAAGAUGUUUUUUAUCAGGCAUUGGAUAUUUUUUAGUUUAGAGCCCUGUGUGAUAUUUCUGAAUUUCAUGUUACAGCUUUCAGGAAUUUGGGGGGAGAAAAUGGCUUUGUUCAUUGAACUCUACUGCUGCAAAUACUGUGUAUUCAGGACUUGAAAGAAAUGGUGGGUGCCUAUGGUGGAUCCCGGCGGAUCCAGUGUAAGACUACUGAGUGAAUAUCUGCUAUAGUAAUUCUAGCCAGAUAGAACAUCAUGGCUUUUAUGUUUCUCAUUGUCAUUGGAACCAUUUAAUCAGUGAGUCAAUGUUCUAUGUUUUGUUUCAUCUCCUCCCCUAUCUAUAUUCCCAAAAUUACUUUGGGACUAAUUUAACAAGAACUUUACAUUUUUUUUUAUUGUAAAAAUGGCGGCUAGGGUGGGAGGGGAAGAAUUAUUCUAUACAUUCAAUAGAGAUUGAAUAGAUACAAAAGCUACAUUUUUUUUUUUAAUUACUACGCUUCAAAAUGUUAACUCAUGGGGAGCAACAGUGGACAGGUGCUAAUUUGUUGGGUAUAGUAUAAGCAGUGUCUCAGUCUUUUAAAAGAGCAAACCACAGUUGUAUGCGCCAUUGUUGCUUUGGAGGUUUUUUAUUUUCUUUUCAGAAAUCUUCCACCCUUAAGAUACUAAGGAUAUUAUUUUGAUUGUACUUGGCUUUUUUUUUUUUCACAAAAAUAGUUUUACAAAUUAUAUUUUGUUUACAAAAAUUGAUCUGUAACAGGUUAUAACAGUGUUUAAGUCUCAGUUUCUUGCUGGGUAACUUGGAGCCUAAUGCUGUGGCUUUUAAGUCACUAAGGAGCUGGUAUUUUGACAGUGUUUAUAGACCUUGUUAUAAAAGUAAAUGCCCUGAAAAGGGGGGUGAGGGAAGUUCAACAACAAAGAAACAAGAAUGUUAUGGUGUUUAAACUUGUUAAAAAUGUCAUCUCAAGUCAAGUCACUGGUCUGUUUGCAUUUGAUACAUUUUUAUACUAACUAGCAUUGUAAAAUUAUUUCACAAUUAGAAAAUACCUGUGGAUAUUUGUAUAAAAGUGUGAAAUAAAUUUUUUUAUAGAAGU